AUGCAAAUGAGACACAUGAAUAAAAGAGGUACAACAUCAUCAUUUUCAGGUUUGUGAUAGGGAGUGUGUCUGAAUUACAAAUAAUUAAUUUAUUAAUUGCUUUUCAAUUACAAUUACUUUAAUCUAGGCACACCCCCUAACACAAACCACUUGCAAAAUCCCAUAUAUAUUAAUGUCUAUUCUUAACUUAUAUAGAUUGCCUUAAGCUUAAGUUAUAGAAAAAGGGAACCUUCAUUGAAAUUGUCUAUCCAACAAAAUCAUCGGAUGAAGAAACUAUCGUUAAGAAACGCAUUGUCAGUAAUUUUAAUGUCAACCCAACCUUUUGGAUCGCUUCAGAACAGGUUGUUCCACCUACUUUGGAUUUUGAGACUCUUUUUAAGACCCCUUUUCCAGAAUAGGCUAUCAGACACAACGAAACCUUCGAAAAGCUCGAAGUGGUCACCAAUACCAACUAAAAGAUACUAAUCGAUGUUCCAUCCAGACCUGCUGCCUAUACUUUGGAAAAAUUAAAUUUGAAAGGGAAGCCAACCCUUGAGUAGUUGUUUUAAGCCAUACCAAACUGCAUGGAUUACAAGGAAAGAGACAAACACUUCAAAUAGGGAGGCUACAAACUCAAUUAUCAAUCUGGUUACGCUCCAGUUGAGAUCUAAAACAGACAUAAGGAUCCUGAAGAUUACACCAAGAAAUAACACUUCAUUAGACAAAAACAAUCACAAGCCAAUUUGAAUUUGAAAAGAACAUGUGGAGUUUCGUAUGUCAAGAAGAGUGAAAGUGAACAGAAGGAUGUUAAUCACAUUUUUAAAAAGUACUGAUUGAAUUUUAUUAAGACUUCCUCCACUUGUUUAUUAGUGUUCAUCAGGCUGUUAACCAAUAGCUGGAUAUGAUGAAGCCUUUGAUAACCUGUUUUAUAAUCUUUUAAACGGAAAGAACUUGAUUGUGUUUACACUUUUCAACUCCUAGGAUGAAAGUGCCUUGAGAGAGUACCUACUAUUUCCACACCUUAGAAAUAAGAUUUCAAGAGAAAGAGUCAUGUUGGCUAGAAAAUUCUUGAAUUUAUGGAUGUUAUUUUAAGAUGCCUUAUGUUUAGUGAUUCACUAUAACUAUGACGAGUAUAAAUAAUAAUAUAAUUAAUAGAAACUAAUUAUUAAGACCAAUUUAAUUGAAUGAAUCGGAGGAUAUCAAGUAAUAAUUAGUGGACUUUGUUUGUGAAUCAGAGAUUUCCAUAUGUUUAUUAUUCAAAAAAAGUGUAUCAGGCAGAAAAGCAUUCUUGAAAAGUGUUGGAUUGUGGAAUGAAGGAAACGACAACUCUUCUGUCUGCACAGAAACACAAAGAGAGGACAUAUAAACUAAAUUUGUUAUAUCAGUUCCCAAAGUACCAAUCAAUAGCAAUUCAACUCCCUAAAGUAUAUUCUAAGAAUUUACUAAUAUUAUCUAACAAUAAGAAAAUUAUGUUUUAGAGGCCAGAUCCUAAACCCAGGCUCCAUAAACUCAAUAACAAAGUCCUAAUAAUGAGAAAUAAACCAAAAAGAAAAAGAGGGCAAAGAUCUUAUCAUCAACUGAUGUAAGAAAAGAUGGAGGAGCCAGUGAUUAAUUGAUAAAUUAUCUUAUAAAAGAAGAUGGAAAUCAUAAUAUUAACACUUGUAGUAUAAGGAUGGAGAUGUAUGUAGCAGAAGAGAAAUGGAAAUCAGCUAAUGAUCACAACAAGGAUUUACUUAAUGCUUUCAUCAAGAGAGUUGAACAUCAUGUUACUAGUUCAUACUUGAUUAAAAUGAUGAAUAAGAGAUUUAAAGCCAACGAAAAGGGAUAGGAUUAUAUAAUUAGAAGAAGUAAUAAGAUCUACGAAAUCCCAACUGAUAAUGUGUAGAUAAAGUAGAACAAAAAGUCAAUUAAUUGGACAUCAAAAUUCACACCAGAAAACUUUACAAAUCUGUCAUCAUACAAAUUAAGCAAGAAGUACUAGCCCAUAUCUCUAGACAUCCUUAAAAUGAAAGAAUUAAGUUUUCUUAAAUAACCAUUAUAUUGUAUAACAACUAGAGAUAGUUUUGCAUUCGACUUAAUUACUAAGGUAACCAAAGUUAAAUUAGGAGAUAGAUUAGUAGAUAGGUAUUAUAAUAUAUAUAUCAAUUAGAUUGGAUUUCUUUUUUGAGCCCAACAAUUGUCCAUGCAAUUUCAAAUCAUUUUUACCAAUGUUCCCAGAAUACUAAGUUGGAGCACAUGCAUAUGUAGGUUAUUUUACAAAUGAAGAAUUAUUGAAGAUGGAAAAAGACAUUUAUGAAAUGGAAUUAAAAGGAUUCGAUGGUAAUACUAAAUAUUUAUUUAUUUAAAGGUCACUAUUUACCUAUGACUGCAUAAAUUUCACAUGCUUAAUCAAAUCAUCAUUCAAGUGUACGUAGAACUAAAUUCUUUUUUGGUUAUAGAUAUAUGUGGACUAAAUGUUAAUUAGCAGAACCACAUUCAAUGGUUGCUGCUGGUGUUAGAAGAGAUGUAUCAGCUCCUCCAUUGUGGAUGAGAAAUCUCAUUACUAAACUUGAAAAUGAUAAUGUAGUACCUAAGAAGUUCAUUAAUUCUAUUGCCUGUAAUGUGUAUCAUGAUGGAAAGGAAGGAUUGGCAUAACAUUUUGAUGAUGCUGUUAGAUUCAAACAACCAAUCUUUACUAUUAGAGUAUUUUCAGAUUGCAGAUUGUCUUUUGGAAGUCAAUUCUAUGGAUUUUGCAAUGGAGCAUUUGCUGUUCCUUUACCAAGAGGGUAUCUAUUAAUUUUUAUAUUUUUAAGAUGUAUCCUAUGUAUGGAGGAAGGAUCCUAUGCUGCCAAUGCUAUCAAGCAUUGUGUAAGACCUUGCGAUAUGACUGGAAAAAGUGCAGCCUUAAUAUUACGUUAAAUGCAUGAUCAAGUUACUUAGGAAGCCAUAAAGUAUGAUGAGUAAGUGGAUUUGCCAUGUCACAUGUCUACUUUGUCAGUUGAAGAUAAUGCAGUUCCUUUUGGAGAGCAGAAGAGAUUGGAAGCUGAAUUACUAAGUUGA